AUGAGAGUUUGUUUUCAUUCAGAAUCACAGCCCAUACAGCAUGCUGCCUCUUUAAGGUGAUCCUUUUUUUCUAGCGUUUGUCUUACUCCUUUAGUUUCAGUGGUUAAGUGUGUUUUAGCAGAGCAUGCUAUACCCCAGCUGUGAAAGCACUGUGAAGGAGAGAGAGCGAGACUGGAUUUAACAUUUCUUCAGUGGACCUACCUUUUGUUGGCUCUCAGCAGGGUGUGUGUGUGUGUGUCUGUGUGUGUGCACGUCUGUGUGUACACAGCAACAUUUCAGGCAUGCCAUUGCAUAAAUAAACCUUGUAAGUUAUGUGCUUUAAGAAAAAAAAUAUCCAAAGUAAGUGAAAUUUCACACUUCUAAGUUGGAUUGCUGAAUAUGUAUUUCAAAGUAUAGCAAAACAUAAGUCACUAAUGCUUAUAGUUGUUAAAGAUACAAAGCUACUGGUUCUUUUAAUCUUUUUUCUUUGAGUGCGUUUUUGGACAGAAUCAGAGAGCACACAGAGCCGCCAUAUUCACCACAUUUAGCUGUUUGGUUUUUCCACUAUCCUUUCCACUUACAGCCAGAAGCACAGGCUUAUGUUGAAACAGAAGCCCCAGUGGACCUAGAAGGAGAUUUUGGGGGGCUUUGCGACUGAAAAGAAAGAGAAAAAAGAAGAAAAAAAGGUCAGAGAGAUGUGGUCUGUUGUUUUUCUUACUCAGAGGGAGAAAUGUAGGUCUUAUGGCCAACAGACAGUCAAAGGCGAUCCCUUGGUUGAGUUAAGUGAGCAGAAAUCAAGGCAGAACAGGAUGCCAUGUGCUGAUACAGAACAUGACAAAGAUUUAGCUCAAACAAUGGGGACUUGAUGACUGGAGAGACAGAAUUAUGGUUUGAUAGGGAGGGGGGGAUUUGUUUGAUAGAAAGAAAAAGACUGCUCCUUCCUUGCUAUUGUUUCUGAAUGUUGGCUCAACACUUAGUCUGUGUGUGUGUGUGUGUGUGUGUGUGUGUGUGUGUGUGUGUGUGUGUGUGUGUGUGUGUGUAGCAAGUACACAGUAAGGAAUGUUGCACAUAGUUAAAUACUGUAGAGCAGAUUGCUGUGUUUGUAACGAGUAAUUACCUGCCAGUAAUUUGUGUGUAAUCAAUAUGAAAUAAGAUUCCAGUGUCGUGUGAUUUAGAUGUAAGUCUCUCAGACCUUUUCCACUGACUCCACGAGCCUGCCCUGUCCUGUUAGUGUGUGCGUGUGUGCUUUAACAUAUUCACUUUUAGUGAAAAAUAAGGGCUGGAGAAAAACUGCAUUAGCAUGAGCUAACCAGCAACCACAACAAGAUGAAGAUGUGUUUAAGCAUAUAGCCCUCUUGGACUGUAUACUGGAAAGCAGCCUUUCUGUGCUUUCAGAUAUAUCACACAGUUAAGUAUAUAAGGAACCACAAAAUCACAAGUGGUAUAUUUAGUGCAACCAAUCAGUGAUUAAAUGGAUAAGGAAUAAUGAAAUGUUUGGAGUCGCUCUGAGACCACAGCAUUUAUUAAAGUCCAAGAAUACAGUCUCUUCCUAAUGAAAUAAAACAUCAUAGUUUUUGAAUCAGUUACGCAGAUUAUUUAGGUUUUGAUACUAUUUUGAUACUAAAUGAAAAAUGCAUAAAUGGCUGGUUAAGUAUUAAACAAUUGAUGGAUUACGCCUUUUAUUACUUCAUAAAUAUCAUUAGUAAGACUGUGUUUAUUUUUAUAACAGUUAUAUUUCAGUUUAAACAUAAUCUACCAUGUAAAAAAGUUUGAAAUAGGAUUUAAAAACAUAUUAAUGCGUCAUCGUUUACCAGAAUUUGGUGCAUAUGGUGGAUUGUCAGAAAGGUUAGCGAACACUUAAAGCUCAUAAAUGUCUUUAGAGAUUAUAAAGUUUGUUUUAUUUUGAUGCUAAGAUUUUCACUGGGAGUGGGCAGAAAGGAGAGGAUUAGAAACGAGUGCGUCAGACGGACGGCUCCGUUGGAGUAAUUUGAAGACAAGGCUGAGGUGGUUUGGGCAUGUGCAGAGGAGGGAGAGUGGGCACACUGGUCAAAUGAUGAUGAAGAGGGUGCUGCCAGGGAGGAGGAAAAGAGGAAGGCCUCAGAGGAGGUUCAUGGAUGUAGUGAAGGAGGACAUGCAGACAGAUGGUGUGACAGCGAGGGAUGAGUUGGAGGCAGAGGGACUGCUGGAAAUACUUAAUGUGGUUGAGGUGCGAGAACCUCCUGUAUAAAACAUGCAGCAGGAAACAAAUGUUUCACCCACUGUCCAGUGAUUAAUAUUAGCAGUGAUUUCUGAACAUCCUCAGCAAUCCCUCACCUGAUGGACUUAGAGAACAGUGGAAAGUGGCUGAGUGAACACAGGAGAUGGAUAUUGCUGUUCCACCCCCACUCCCAACUGCAAGUAUAAAGAUAGUAUUAUAGUGCAGGAUGAUACGGAGAUGCUCUAUUAUCAUCAUGAUUAAUAUUACAAGUGUAAGGCACUAUAUUUGUCACUGAUGCCUCACAGCAAGAAAGUUUAAGUUCAAACCUCCAACCUGGUGGUCUGGCUUCCACCCACAGUCCAAACACCUGUAUGUCAGCUUAACUGGUCAUUUCAAGCUGGCCUUAAGUGUGGAAGUGAGAGCUGUCUGCAUGCCUUAGUCCUUCCUCACCCAGUGCAACAAUGCGGCGUAGUAAUGUGUGGAUGGUGCUGUAUGUCACAUGUUAUUCAUUACAACUGUAUUAAAACUCAAUUUACCCUUAUGGAUUGAAAUAUACAUAUAAACAUAUAAUGAUCACUAUUAAGAUUUGCCAGAGAUCUUUACUGAGUCAGCCCACACCUCUGUCAGUGUAUUCUGCCCUUACUGAUUGAGUCAUCCAGGCCUGACUUACAGCAAGAAUUUCCCUCUGUCUCCUACAUGACGCUUGACACAUACAGCAACACCAUCUCUGUCUUAAGCAUACCCAGCAUCUUUUGACUUUUGGUGAUUAGGUGUCCACCCUCAUUUACCAAAUCUCACAUAGACUGAGCCAACAAACACAGCAGUCUUUAGUGCUGUGCUGGAUAGAUGCUAUCUUGUAUUUGUAAUAAGUCGAGGGUUGAAUCCGUGUCACUGAGGUGCUGCCCAUACACCAGCCAAGCAGAUCCCUUCUUCUCAUGGAACCUAUUGUGCCUGAAGACACCGUCCUGUAUAAGGGAAAUACGUCAAAUAAUCACAGUCAGAAGUCACACUGUGUUAGCUAUGUACCCAGUUGUGGCUGGUCUGUAUAUGUAUUGGUAGGAGUUUCUCUUUCAGAUUGCAAAAAUUGGGCCGAUUGCACUAAAUUGAACUGGAAAAAAGCAAUUCUUCAUUUGGGUCCAGCAUCACUGUGAUAGUUGCGGCUAGGAUUGUCAGUCUGUUUGGAGUUCUGUGCGAGAUGAUAUCAGAAUUAGCACAUAUUGGCAUGGGUGGGCUGCUCUAAACUUUGAGUGCAGUACCAAAGCUUUGGCCACGUCCUGCAACUCUUGACUUAGACCUCACUCCAAAUGUUUAACAUAGUUCUAGUCUUAAGUAAUACUAGUAUUUUGAUGAAAACUAACCUGAGGUGAUUUAUACUUUGUAUUAAAGCAUAUCCUCUGGAUGCAUUUUGUGACAGUAACUAAACAUCAGAUGAGUCCUCCAGGUUGAUGAGGUCUGAGGUGCUGAUAUUCAGCCCCUGGUUUAGUCUUUCUGUAUCACAGUCAAGUGAAGUAACAAAAAUAACUGUUGCUGACAAAAAUAAUUCCACACCAGGAAACAAAAUAACAUUUUUACUAGUUAAUAUUUUGCUGACUGUCUGUCUGUUUAAUUUGAUCUGUGUGGUUCAGAGCAGCAGAAAUCACUUUAUAUACUACAUACAUCACUGGAAAUGAAUCAAGAAACUGACUCAGUUCUGGAAACUGGUGACGUGAUAUUACCAACAGUGUGUAUGCCCAGAAUAAUCUGAGUAAGAUUUAAGUCCUCUCGGCAUGCUUGGUUAAUCCUGUAUUAGCUCUGUAGAUUACUGAGGAAUGUUGAUGUGCACAUUUUAUUUUUGAAAACAGAACAAUGUGAAUUCUGUCGGAUGGUGUGAAAACACUUAUUACAAGAAUAUUUUGGCAUAAUAUUAGCAGGCAACAAUGCUAACCAGAGCACCACAGCCAUGCCAGGACUGGGCUUAAGAUCGAGUCAUUGUGGUCUGUCUGAGUACACCUUCUUUAAAUACUUGUCGUGUUGGUUGGAGCUGUGUUUGGACCAUUGUUCUGUUGAAGAAAAACUUGACUUUAGUCAAGUGACUUGAACAUUACACUGGAAGAACUCAUUUCUGAACCUUUCUUCCUGUCUCCCAAUACCAAAGCACUUUCAAAAGCAAAUGGAUGGAUGGAUCAUGAAACAGCCAUAAACAUAUUAGUCUUUUCUCUGAAGUUGGGUAUUUUAACGAUUGAUGGAGAUGGUUGCCUCGAUUGGCACAGGUUUUUGCACUUACUGAUUAACUUUAUUUUCUCGGUUGGAGAAGAAAGUGCUUUUUUUAUGUUGAGUUAAUAUAUACCUGCAUGUCUACCCUUGGUUUCACUUUACAGUAGAGUGCAGUUAGAGGACAGUCAACAAGCUAUGAAUUACUGAAUGUUUUGACUGUGCUGCUGGGUGCAGAGUCUUCCAUAACAUAUGUGAGUGAUUAAGCUGUGACAUCAGCACGGCGCUGUAACCAUUUGUACUUGCACUCCUUUACUAUAUCUGUUGCUUCUCAGAAAAGUUCACCGCCUUCAAACAGUCAAAAUAGAAGUCGAGAUAUCAUUUUUGGUAAAUCCUGCUGUGCACAUGGAUGAAAGGGAUUGCAUAAAUUUCCAGUUAUUAUUAGUAUUUUAAACCAAAUACUUUUGGUUGAUGUUUCUGUGGCAUUUCUGGGGAGAGUUUUUCUUUUUUCUUAAAUUUCAGUUUUUUAAGAUGAUAUUCCAAUUUACUCCAUGACUGCGAUGUCUUGAGUGAUGAAAUGCAGUGUGUACACACACACAUUCCUCUACUGUAUAUUCUUAACAUAUCAUAGACUAAGUCACACUUACAACUUACUCUCUUCUAUAGACAGAAUUAAGAAUUUACCUGAUUUUUUUUUAAAACACAAACAUCAAAAACACUACUGGUAUGAACUUUAGUUCAGUUAAAUCUCUUCAGUAGUAACACACUCCACGUGACUUCUGACUUUCAGAUUCUUGCAACCUCGGUUUCUCACUGUUGUGUACAAAGAGGAGCUGUUUUCAGCCAACCAGCUAUCUGUUAUGAAUAGUCUGCCAGCUAUUUAAAAGUUCCUACCAAGAUCAUCUGUCAUCAGGUUAAGCAAUAUCUGGCCACACCUGUGUGAGCCUGUCCUGUUCUCCAGGCUACGAAAUCACUGCUGUUGUUUCUGUUGUUAGUCAUAGCCUGAAGGCAGACAUUCUUCACUUGCUAAAGCAGAAGCCUGCUCUAGAAAGCAGCCGGGGCUGCUUGGAAAUCCACCUUUUGUUGUACUCAGACUGAAUAGAUUAUUAAAUUGGCAUAUUUAAGGGCACACCCCAGAAAUCAAAAGAUUUACUGAGGACUUCCCAAAAAUGUAAUUUACAUGACACGGAUGACUGUGAGGCUUAACAGAGGUCUCCCAGAAACACUAAAAACAUCAUGCUCCUGUUUUCACAGGGUUAAUUGAUCUCAGUGCAUAAAAUCAGUGGAGAGUUCCUUUUUACGCAGUAUCCUUUUUUUUAAGCAUCCUUCUUUUCAGAUUCUUUAAUCUUUAGUGUUUAGUGAUAAGCACAGCCGGUUCCAUGUCAAAUAUAAGAGAACUCGGCGUUUACUCCAAAAAACAUAUUUGGCACAUCGAACACUACGGCUCCUCACUAAAAUGAAAUAAUAUACAGUUUAACACAUUACUGCAAGAGGAGUAAUUCACAGCUUUAUGGCAGAUGACUCAAAUAUAGAGCCUUUUCCUUUUGCUUUGGGGCUGUGCACACGUUGUAAACAUCACUGCCCUGCAAGACACACUUUCCAGCUUCAUCUAGAUGUUCAGCUGGCUGGUGGGGUAUUUUUUUCUGCUGGUACAAAUCACCCGUGUACGCACAACUAUUUCUCAAUAAUAGUUUGACAUGCCAAGACAGGAAAGAAGGAAUGGGGGAGGGAAGGCCAGACUGACGGUGGAAGAGAGGAAGGAAAGAAGCAGAUGUUUGGAGCGAGAGAUAGACGGGCAGAAAGAGAGACAGCAAGAGGAAGCCGUGUGGGAGAAGAGAGAAACGGUCAAAGAAAGGAAAAUAGGAUUGCUCUGCUGUUUUUUGUUGCUUUGUCAACUUCAGGAUGAAAUGCAGUGUGGCUGCUGUGCCGCGGGAAUGUGAGAACAUUUUGGCCAAGGCGUUGUAUGACAAUGUGGCAGAGUCUCCGGAUGAGCUCUCUUUCCGUAAGGGCGACAUUAUGACAGUCUUGGAGCGUGACACACAGGGAUUGGAUGGCUGGUGGCUCUGCUCACUCCACGGUCGCCAAGGCAUUGUCCCUGGCAACCGUCUCAAGAUCCUGGUUGGCAUGUACGACAGUAAACAGCAGCAGGCCAUCCCUUCCACACCAGAUCCAGCUGUUUCCUGUCCCACCUCGCAAGUCCAGAGACCCCUCCACCCUCCGAGUGCAUAUCCCAAACCGACACCUCCCCUGUCAUCCAUUGCCUCAAUGUCUUCCUCCGGGUUUGCAAACAAGACCCUCCCUUCUACUCAGUACACAUCCAUGCACUCAGCCUACUCCACCCCUAGCCCUGCACAACCCAACCCUGACUCUGUCUACAUGAUGCCCCCCUCACACAGUCCCAAACCAAGCCUCCAAAGUGUGUACCAAGUUCCCUCCGGUCCAAGUGGAACUUCUACACAAGCCCAGCCAGGACCACCCAGCAAGGCCUCAGCUCAAGGUCAGAGACAGCCUGGUAAAGAGAUCUAUCAGGUGCCACCUUCUGUAGGUCCAGCACCAGGUCAGGCAACAGCUCCAGCCGGCCAGGAUGUGUAUCAGGUGCCUCCCUCCCUGGAUAGGAGGAACUGGGAUAGCAGCAACAAGCCACUUGGCAAGGUGGUAGUUCCUACCCGUGUUGGACAGGUGUAUGUGUACGACGCAGUGAAACCAGACCAGGAUGAAUAUGACGUUCCGCCCAGACUUCAACCUCCAGCUCAGCCAGACAUAUAUGACGUGCCGCCCACCCGGCAGCAAUACAGCACACAGGUGUAUGACACUCCUCCCAUGGUGAUGAAGGGUCCCUCUGGUGGUCAAGAUAUAUAUGACACCCCUGCAAGCAGUGAGAAGAACCCACAGCAGAUGGUUUAUGACUUCCCCCCGUCAGUGAGUAAGGAUGUCAGUGAUGUUCAACCAAUCAGAGAGGAGACGUAUGAUGUGCCACCUCACUUUGCCAAACUAAAGCCCCAAGUCCCCAUCACUCCGGGCCCGUACUUACACAACAACCUCAGCAGCAAUGAUGACGAACCACCAAUUCCAGAGGAUGUGUAUGAUGUCCCGCCCCCAAUCCUGACUGAUAAGCGUUAUCAUAGGGACAGGAGUGGGGCCAGUCAGGCCCCUCAGCAGAUCUAUGACAUCCCAGCUGUACUGCGUGUUGGCCAGGAUGUCUAUGACUUCCCCCGGGAACGAGAGGAGACGGGGGAGAGGGCUGAGCAGAAUGUCUAUGACGUGCCCCCACAGGUUGUACGUGAUGCCCAAUCAGCCAGUGAAGAGCUGUCCAUGUCUUUCAAGCGGCUGUCUGCCUCAAGCACAGGAAGCACAAGGAGCAACCACUCUGCUUCUUCAUUAGAUAUGGUUCCUGUCCGCGACACCACCUCGCUUCCUGCUCCUGGCUCCAUUCCAGGGAAACCCCUGGUCUUGGAAAUGGAUCAGGCCAUGGAACGUCUGUCUCGUCUUCAGCAAGCUGUUGAGUCCAGUGUUUCCUUCAUGAUGUCAUUCAUCACAGGCAACUGGAGAAGCCCGGCUCAUCUUGAAGGAAACCUCCCAGCCAUUCAUCAGGCUGCCGACAGGGUGCGUACCACUGUCCGAGAUUUCUUAGAAUUUGCCCGAGGCGCCGUGGCGAAUGCUGCCCAGGCCACAGACCGCUCACUGCAGGCCAAACUGGGCCGCCAGGUCGGGAAGAUGGAGGAGAUCUUCCAGAAUUUGAUUCGACAUAGUCAGAGCUUAGACGCUAUUUCUUGGUCACACGCAGCACUCACAGCACCACCGCCGGGAGGGGAUGACUUAGAUCGACUGAUCAUGACGGCGCGAGGUAUCCCUGAUGAUGCCAAGCAGCUUGCUUCUUUUCUCCAUGGCAACGCUUCACUGCUCUUUAAAAAGACCACUCGCCAGCAGCAAAUGCCUCUUCCUCCUAUCCCAGGGGAGCUUAGUGGUCACACAACAGGAUCUGGAAGUGGAAGCUAUCAAGGAGGGGAGAAAGUGAACAUUCAGUCACGGCCCCUUCCCUCCCCACCAAAGUUUACUGCUGCAGAAGAAGAGGAAGGUGUGGAGAGACCAUAUGAGACCACAGAGGAAGGAUGGAUGGAGGACUAUGACUACGUACAUCUGCAGGGAAAGGAAGAGUUUGAGAAGAACCAACGACAGCUGCUGGAGAAAGGCAACAUUAUCCGAAACAAUAAGACACAGCUGGAGCAGCAGCAGAUUAAACAGUUUGAGCGUUUGGAGCAGGAGGUCAGCCGGCCAAUCAACAACGACAUGACCGGUUGGGUUCCAUCCGCACACAACUCUCUGGCAAACUACCUGGCCCAGAACGGCUCUGGAGGCCCCGCCUCCUCCAAGUUGUGCCACGGUGACCGUCAGCUUAUUCUCUUCUAUCAAGAGCAAUGCGAGCAGAACGUCACCACGGUGACAAAUGCCAUCGAUGCCUUUUUUACUGCUGUCAACUCAAACCAGCCACCAAAGAUCUUUGUGGCACACAGCAAGUUUGUCAUUCUCAGCGCACACAAGCUGGUCUUCAUUGGUGACACGCUGUCACGCCAGGCCAAAUCUCCAGAAGUGAGGGCACGGGUAGCCCAAAGCAGCAACAGCCUCUGUGAAAAACUCAAAGACAUUGUGAUCAGUACGAAGACAGCAGCACUUCAGUAUCCUUCCCCUGGAGCCUCCAGAGAGAUGACAGAGAAGGUGAGGGAGCUUGCAGGGUGUACUCAGCAUUUAAGGAUGGUUCUGGGACAGCUCUUAGUGAUGUAGAGGCAGAGGGGGAGGAGGAAAACAAACCAAACAGUGACUGAAAUAUUCCAGAACCUCGGAGCAGUGAAUCUUCGCAGUAACACUGGGCAGACAACCCUCUGUACCCCAUACAGCACUAACUAGGAGAACCUGGAGUUUGCUGGAUCACAAAGUGCUGCACAAAACCCUGAACACCCUUCAGGUGUGUGAGGAGUCCCGUGUGCCUCUACAGGAUGAGGCUUGCUAUCUCUUACAGUCCUGGCAUGCAUGGAAAUCCUGAGUGAUCCUGUCCUUGGGGUCUGGGACCCUGUUUCGGACCGGGAGCACCAAUUUUACUCCCAUCCUUCGCUUCCUCCCUGUGCUGCCUUUCACUGGGACCAUUUCAUCCCAUCUCCACUCUGCACUUUUUAUUCUAGACAAAAAAAAAAAACAUUUUCUCGUCAGUGGGCUGGGACAUAGGCUGUAAAAUAAUCAGUGUAAAUAUUUAAGUUACCUAUGUAUUCAGAAAAUCAGAAAAAAGAAGACUAUAGCACUUGCAGUGCAUACACGUAAGAAAAGAUGGGAACAUAACUGUAGUUUUUAGACAGAACAUCAGUAACUGUCAUAUUGCUAUACCGUAUAAUUAAAAUGUAAUAUGGCUCUGAUUCUCGAUCCUAAUAUAAUUAUUGUUAUGGAUGUGUAAAUUGCAGAUGAUAUGUAUGACUCUGUGUUGUCGAAUGUCGGAAUGCUUUUCCAUCCCCAAUACAGGCAAACUUUCCAAACCCCACACAGGAGCACGCCGUGUGUGUCUGAGCCGUCUGAGGCUCGCUGAGUUGUCCACUCUGCAUCCGGUUCCCCCCGAGCACACAACGCUGCUGCCAAAACAUGCCGACAUAGCCGUGCAGGUGCGGGACUGCAGAUGCGAUUAUUUCCACGCCAUCUAAGAUGUUUAUUUUAAUUUUAUUUUAUUUUUGAAAACUGUAUGUAUUUUUUAAUAGGCAUGUAAAAGUCAAAAGGAAUGAAAGAGUUUAAAGACAGCAAAUGCAAUUAAACCUGCAUUUCCUUUUCUCUGGUCUCGUCA